GUGCAGUAUAUAACCUAAAGCAGAACCGACGACCUGGUACAACUAGCUCACGGAGACCACAUUGAAGGUGUACUGUGAGGAGUUCAACUGAACAACACUUUUCGCUUUUAAACCUUAUAUUUUUUUACUUUUUGGGAAAUACCAGCACAGAAGCAAAAUGCGUGAAUGUAUCUCGGUCCACGUUGGGCAAGCGGGUGUCCAGAUGGGGAACACCUGCUGGGAGUUAUACUGCCUGGAGCACGGCAUCCAGCCGGACGGGCAGAUGCCCAGCCAGAAGCCGGUGGGGGGGCACGAUGAUUCCUUCACAACCUUUUUCAGUGAGACUGGAGCGGGCAAGUACGUGCCCCGUGCCAUCUUCGUCGACCUGGAGCCCACGGUCAUUGACGAGGUGCGCACAGGCACCUACCGCCAGCUGUUCCACCCUGAGCAGCUCAUCUCGGGCAAGGAGGACGCUGCCAACAACUACGCCCGUGGGCACUACACCAUCGGCAAGGAGAUCAUCGAUUCAGUUCUGGACCGGAUACGCAAGCUGGCAGACCAGUGCACUGGACUCCAAGGUUUCCUGGUCUUCCACAGCUUUGGAGGUGGUACUGGUUCUGGGUUCACCUCCCUGCUGAUGGAACGCCUCUCCGUCGACUUUGGCAAGAAGUCCAAGCUUGAGUUUGCCAUUUACCCAGCCCCCCAGGUGUCCACAGCUGUGGUGGAGCCCUACAACUCCAUCCUGACCACCCACACCACCCUGGAGCACUCCGACUGCGCCUUCAUGGUCGACAACGAGGCCAUCUACGACAUCUGCCGCAGGAACCUGGACAUCGAGCGGCCGUCCUACACCAACCUCAACAGGCUCAUCAGCCAGAUUGUCUCCUCCAUCACUGCCUCCCUGCGCUUCGAUGGGGCGCUGAACGUGGACCUGACCGAGUUCCAGACCAACUUGGUGCCCUACCCCCGCAUCCACUUCCCACUGGCCACCUAUGCCCCAGUAAUCUCCGCUGAGAAGGCUUACCACGAGCAGCUCUCCGUGGCCGAGAUCACCAACUCCUGCUUCGAGCCAGCCAAUCAGAUGGUGAAAUGCGACCCCCGUCAUGGCAAGUACAUGGCCUGCUGCCUGCUGUAUCGUGGUGAUGUGGUGCCCAAAGACGUCAACGUAGCCAUCGCCGCCAUCAAGACCAAACGCACCAUCCAGUUUGUGGACUGGUGUCCCACUGGCUUCAAGGUGGGCAUCAACUACCAGCCCCCCACCGUGGUGCCCGGGGGAGACCUGGCCAAGGUGCAGAGGGCCGUGUGCAUGCUGAGCAACACCACCGCCAUCGCCGAGGCCUGGGCCCGUCUGGACCACAAGUUUGACCUGAUGUACGCCAAGCGUGCCUUCGUCCACUGGUACGUGGGGGAGGGCAUGGAGGAGGGAGAGUUCUCUGAAGCCAGAGAAGACAUGGCCGCCCUGGAGAAGGACUAUGAAGAAGUGGGCAUCGACUCCUUUGAAGAGGAUGAGGAGGGAGAGGAGUAUUAGCCAGAGCCGAGCCGGUGAAUCCAAAGAAAACGUUUCGGCCAAUUCAAGUUAAAUUAUGUCCAUCAUUUUUGUAGAUAUUUUUGCAUUCAUGUUUUCUUCUCACCUUCAAGGCGACUACUGUAAAUAUCCAGUGUCUGACCUCAUUCCUUGUCGCAGACUAACAGUGACUGCCAAACAUGCUUAAUAAACAACGUCUCUGAA